AUGGUUGUUCUCGCCAACGGGUCGAGAUACCUUCCCGAAAUUGCCUCUCAACAAGUCCUAUCGGAAGCGGAUUUGAAGGCCCUUCAAUCCGACUUGAUGAACAAGCUCGAAGCGAGUGUGGGCUCUCUACGUGUGCGAAGGGUAUACGGCGCAAUCACGUUCGGUGCCCCCUGUGCCGUUCUUGAAAGGGACUAUGAGGUUCGUUUGCCGCAGAAUAUAGACGAUACUUCUGAUAUCUGUCCUGGAUUCGACUCCCAAGAAGACAUCGACUCGGGAUGCCGCGGCAGGGUGACCAUUCUCACCUAUCAGCGGCUAAAAUUCAAACUCUACCAAAUCGCGGCUCCCAUCACCAGGGAACUCUACUUUCGAUAG